AUGUCCCGCCAUUUGCCUCACACCCAAACGCUGUCAACUGAUGAAAUAUCUGACGAAAGGACUUUGGACGAGACUCUGACUGGUCAGAUCAAACCGGAAAAUGAUCGUGGAUUCAUCAAAUCAUCCGCUGGCUUGGAGGAAGAUUAUCCCGAUGGCGGACUGAGGGCUUGGUUAGUUGUUGGAGGAAUAAUGUGCAGUUCCUUUUCGACGUUUGGGUUCGUGAACGCCUGGGGAGUAUUCCAAGCUUACUAUGAAGAAAAGUUGCUGAAGGACUCUGAUGCUUCCACUAUCGCAUGGAUUGGCUCCAUUCAGUACGCCCUUGUCUUUAUGCCGAGUGUAGUUACGGGCCGCAUGUUCGAUAUUGGAUGCUUCAAGGCACCACUACUAUCAGCGAGUAUCAUACUUGUUCUGGCAACGUUUCUGAUCGCGGAAUGCACCCAAUACUGGCAUUUUCUCCUCUGCCAGGGCUUUGCCAUCGGGCUUUCUUGUGGAAUGGUAUUUGGUCCGAGCGUGGGGAUCAUAGGGCAUUGGUUCCGACACCGUAGAGGAAUUGCAGUAGGGUUGAUGUCUACUGGCGCAUCGGUUGGUGGGACGGUAUUCCCGGUAGUCGCUCGUCAGCUUAUUGACACUGUUGGAUUUCCAUGGACAAUAAGAAUCAUAGGAUGCAUCCUCAUACUUGGUCUGGGAAUUGCCAACUUGACAAUGAAACGUCGACUUCCGCCUGUGAAAGCAUCCGGAGGCAUACUCAAUCUAAAAGCUUUCAGGAGCACGCCAUAUACUAUUUGGUGUUUGUCUGGUUUCGUUGCAAUGCUGGGGCUGUAUACAGUUCAGACCUACAUUAGCGUUAGCGCUACCGCCUACGGUGUCUCGCCAGAUGUGGCCUUUUACCUCGUCUCUAUCGCUAAUGCUAGCUCAGGAGUCGGACGAAUCGUUGCGGGAAUUUGUGUAGAUCGAUAUGGUGCAUUGAACUACUUUGGCCCCAUGACGAUUAUAGCAGGCGCCGUCACCUAUGCUUGGCCAUUCGCGCGGAGCCUCGCUUCCAUGAUUGUCGUUGUGGUAAUAUACGGGUUCACAAGCGGGGCUUAUAUAUCCUCAACUGUCAAUCCUAUCUACAGCUUUGGUGAGAUCAGCGAUGUGGGGAGGCGGACAGGGAUGGCGUUCUCGAUAGCAUCUCUUGGAGCGGUUGCGGGUCCGCCUAUUUCUGGGGCUAUUAAUACGGCGACGAGGGGUUUUGAGGCUAUGGGCUAUUACGCAGGAAGUACGAUCAUGCUUGCCGUGGUACUGUUGUAUGUGGCCCGGUAUCUUGCUACUGGGACGUUAAGAGGAAGGUUUUAA